AUGCUAUUCAGCGCCCGGGACGGGUCUCUUCCAGGAGCAUCAUGGGCGUGGAAAAAGGUGCUGCGGUUUGGAGUCGCGUUCUUGUUCGUGAUAGGAUUCGCUGCGGUACUUUGGCCUAAGGUUGAGCCAGUGAAGUUGCCACUGGAAACAGUGUCCAACAUCACCAUCUCUCCCAAUGUCAAAUGCGAACUCGAUCAUGAAAGAUUGGUUGCCCUCGAUGUGCUCAAAAUUGCCCAUUAUACCCGCCGCGAAAUUGUGCUCGAUAUGACGGAGGAACCCGUGCCGUACAAGCAGCGGCUUGAACAGCCGUUCUUCCGAGCCGCGAAGGAUACGGAGGGAGCCGCGGACGGAUGCACAAUCUCCGGUCCAGUGUCUCUGAAAGUCCCCCAGCCGCCGAAAUUGGCGGAUGCAUCGCACAUCGAUUUUGGAGUUGCGACCAGUGUGGAGAGGUUGAAUCAGUCUCUUGAUGCAUUCGCGCACUGGGCUGGAUACACGCGCACCCGCAUGUUUGCACUGAUCGAAACGGAUCGCUCGGAGAAUGGAAUUCGUGACGUCAAGGCCAAAGCUGAUGCUCUAGGGAUUAAUCUCCACAUCACGGAGUCGGACGACGACUAUCUGCACCGAUACUUUGCACUUAUUCCUCUGUUGAACGAAAACGCUCGGGAAAAUACCCAAUGGGGCUGUAUCAUCGAUGACGAUACAUUUUUCUUGUCGAUGCCCAGACUGGUGGACGCGCUCGGUAAAUACGACCACACCGCGUCCAUGUAUAUUGGCGGGCUGUCAGAGUCUAUCCCGCAGAUUGCGACAUUCGGAAUGAUUGGAUUCGGAGGCGCGGGCGUCUUCUUAUCGAAACCCCUAAUGAAUGAAAUCACAAACGUGUAUGAUCAGUGCUCUGCGAUGGAUUUCACCGGAGAUCGCCGCAUCGCCAUCUGCGUCUACCGCUAUACCCAAACCCGGCUGACGGUCGAUCACCGCCUGCGCCAGUUGGAUUUGAUGCACGAUGCCUCCGGAUUCUUCGAGUCUGGCCGCGAGCCCCCGCUCACAGUCCACCACUGGAAGUCCUGGUUCCAUGCAGACAUGCCGAAGCUAUCUGUGAUCGCUGAGUUAUGCGGCGACAGCUGCCUCCUCCGUCAAUGGCACUUUGGCGACGGCUGGAUCCUGACGAAUGGGUUCUCGGUGAUCAAAUACCACGCAGACCCGGAUGCGAACGAUAUUGCCAUGGAGCAGACCUGGGACGCGCACAACGGCGCCAACGACGAAUCCUACCUGCACGAACUGGGCCCUCUCCGCCGCAAGGACGAGAACAAGAAGAGCUACCGGUUGGUCGACGCCGUGGUUGUGGACAGCAAUCAUGUCAUUCAGUGGUAUGUCAUGCGGGAUUCAAAGAACGGCGAUCAAGUCUUGGAGCUGUCAUGGCGCAAGAAGUAA